AAUGAUGAUGAUGAUGAUGUUAAAGAUGAAGUGUUUGUGAUGGAGGGCGAUUCAGUCACUCUACACACUGGUGUUAAAACAAAUCAGCAAGACAGAAUGACAUGGUAUUUUAAUGACACUCGCAUCGCUCAAAUCCGUGGAAAUCAGAGUAAGACCUGUACAGAUGAACAGUGUAAAGAGAGAUUCAGAGACAGACUGAAGCUGGAUCAUCAGACUGGAUCUCUGACCAUCACAAACACCAGAACCACAGACGCUGGGGUUUUCCAACUUCACGCAAUCAGCAGAAGAAUCAUUCAAAAGCUCUUUAAUGUUGAUGUGUCUGGUGCAGAAAUGGAUAAAACAAAUACCAAGUCAGUGAUGGAGGGAGAAUCUGUCACUUUACAUCAUGGUCUAGUAAAAAAUCCAAAUGAUUCGAUAACAUGGUUUUUUAAUGAUGAUCCCAUCUCCGAAAUCACUGGAGAUCAGAGUAAGAUCUGUACAGAUGAUCAGUGUAGAGAGAGAUUCAGAGACAGACUGAAGCUGGAUCAUCAGACUGGAUCUCUGACCAUCACAAACAUCACAACCACAGACGCUGGACUUUAUAAACUACAGAACAACAGCCACAUCCACCCUCACCACAGCAUCAUCAGUAUUAGAAGAUUCAGCAUUACUGUUAUUGGUGCAUCUGGUGUUGAGACAGAUGGAGUCUCAGUGUCAGUGAAGGAGGGAGAUUCAGUCACUCUACACACUGAUGUUGAAAUUAACCAUCAGGACACAAUGAGAUGGUAUUUGAAUGACUUUCGUAUCGCUCAAAUCAUUGGAAAUCAGAGUAAGAUCUGUACAGAUGAUCAGUGUAAAAAGAGAUUUAGGGACAGACUGAAGCUGGAUCAUCAGACUGGAUCUCUGACCAUCACAAACACCAGAACCACAGACUCUGGAUUUUAUAAACUACUGAUAAGCAGCAUAAAAAUAAUUCAAAAGAUCUUCCAUAUUGCUGUUUAUGAUGUUCCUGCCGAUGAACGAGAUGAAAUGACGAGAAAGUCAAUGCAGGAAGGAACAUCUGUCACUUUGGACAGUCAAGUAAUAACAAACCCAAAUGAUUUGAUGACAUGGCUUUUUAAUGACAUUCUCAUCACUGAAAUCACUGGAGAUCAGAGUAAGAUCUGUACAGAUGAUCAGUGUAGAGAGAGAUUCAGAGACAGACUGAAGCUGGAUCAUCAGACUGGAUCUCUGACCAUCACAAACACCAGAACCACAGACUCUGGACUCUAUAAACUAAAGAUCGUCCACAGCAUCCGCCGUCGUCACAGCAUCAGCAUCAUCCGCAUAAAGCAAUUCAGCAUUACUGUCAUUGGUGAGUGUUAUUUCAUUUCAAUUUCGUACAGAGUGUUUGUGAUGGAGGGAGAAUCAGUCACUCUACACACUGGUGUUAAAACAAACCAACAAAACAGAAUUAGAUGGUAUUUCAAUGACACUCGCAUCGCUCAAAUCACUGGAGAUCUCAGCAAGACCUGUACAGAUGUUCAGUGUAAUGAAGGUACUGAGAGAUUCAGAGACAGACUGAAUCUGGACGAUCAGACUGGAUCUCUGACUAUCCUGAACAUCAGAACCACAGACUCUGGAGUCUAUAAAAUACUGAUAAGCAGCAGCAACAUCGACAGUGAAAAGAGCUUCAGUGUUAUUGUACAUGAUGUUCCUGCUGCUGAACGAGAUAAAAUGAAGAGAAAGUCAGCGAAGGAGGGAGAAUCUAUUACUUUACAUUCGGAUGGAAUAAAAAACCCAAAUGAUUUAAAGAUGUGGUAUUUUAAUGACACACUCAUCACUGAAAUCACUGGAGAUCAGAGUAAGAUCUGUACAGAUGAUCAGUGUAAAGAGAGAUUCAGAGACAGACUGAAGCUGGAUCAUCAGACUGGAGCUCUGACCAUCACAAACACCAGAACCACAGACUCUGGACUUUAUAAACUACAGAUCAACAGCAGCAGAUUCAACAUCAUAAAGACAUUCAGUGUUACUGUCACUGCUGUUCCAGAUUCAGCUGUUGCUGCUGUUGUUGUUGUUGCUGUUCUGCUGGUUGCAGCUGCUGAAAAAAGAACACAGCACAAUGAUCAGGAUCAGGAGAAUGUUGGAGAAGGAAGGCCCCUUAUUGGUGCUGAUAGAGAGAAAUCCACUGAUGAAACUAUCAACACACUGAAUAAUCCUGCUGAAGAGAAAUCCACUGAUGAAACUAACAACACACUCAAUGAUCCUGCUGAAGAGAAAUCCACUGAUGAAACUAACAACACACUGAAUGAUCCUGCUGAAGAGAAAUCCACUGAUGAAACUAUCAACACACUGAAUAAACCAGUUGAAGAGAAAUCCACUGAUGAAACUAACAACACACUGAAUAAACCUGUUGAAGAGAAACCCACUCAUGAAACGAACAACACACUGAAUGAUCCUGAUGCAGUGAAACCCACUGAUGAAACUAACAACACACUGAAUAAAGCUGCUGAAGAGAAACCCACUCAUGAAACGAACAACACACUAAAUGAUCCUGAUGCAGUGAAACCCACUAAUGAGAAGUGUCCUGCUGGAGGGGCAACCACUGAUCAGGCUGAGAUCCUGCAGAUGGGAGCAGCUAAAGGAGCAGACCUUAAUAACGCUAAGACCUCGCAGACAAGUACUGCUAAAGGGGCACAUGUUAAUUAGCCUGAGACCAAAAGGAUAAAACAA